GACUAAGCAUCGGUUAUUGAAAGGCAUAUCAACAACAGAUCACUUUGGUGUGAUAAUACCAUUAAACAACUAACGAACAUCCAAAUAGGAACUGAGAAUUAAAUUGCGUCGGACUGCAUGAUAUUUGACGGAGAAAAAAAGAAAAUGAAGGAAAAAAGUAGACAAGCAUAACGCUCUCCUGUAAAAAUUGGAAUAUUUAAUUAUUAAAAAUCCCCACACACAAAAAUUCGUGAUCCUUAGUUUCCCAUAUCCGUCACGAUUUUUGCAAAUCACAAAGUGUAGGCCUUUCCGUAAAUAAAAAUUAUAGUUGGGCACCUCGUUUUCUUUUUACUGUUACGUGUGUAAAGCGGACAAAUAUUAACAAGACGCGAUUGGAACUUGGCACUUUUAGACCUCAAGUAUUGAUGCCGAUUAAUUUGUUUAACUUAAGAAACAAAGUGUAGUGUUACACUGUUUUACACGUGAGUGCAACACAAUGUAGAAUGUGCCAUAGUAGUACUACAAAAUUAGAAGACACACAAACAGUCCAGAGUCUUUUCAAGUGUGGAGAUAUAAUGGUUUCACUAUGGGAACUCUCAGCGUCACUUCUUACAAUCUUUGUGUUAAUUUACAUCCCAGGUGAAGCAUUUUCCGUCGAAAUGAAGGCCCCAAAUGAAGCUCUGGAAUUUUUUAAAAAUGACAUAGAUGAAAUGAAAAAAGCUGAGACUGAGCGGCUCGAGGCAAUACAAGCUGUCUUCUCGAAGUCAAGACUGAUGGCGGAUUUAAACGUAAAAGAACUGUUGAAUCUAAUGGCGUCCCAAGAUGAAAUUAUCAUUGAAAUUCGAAAAACGCUGGAAGGUAUGCUUUGGACCUUGGGAGUUGCCAAUCAGGUUGAAUUUACGAGACUCGUUGAGAAACUCAGAGGCCAAAUACGACAAAUGGAUUCGAAUGAACUCGAAAUCAAGAAAAAAAAGAAAUCACUUUCACCAGACCUCUUACAGGAUGAUGAGUUAAAAAAAUUGAUGGAUGCACUUCAAACGGAUUAUGUUUGCGUAACGGCAACUGUAGGGGCAGUUAAAGCAAUGAGUCCGGUUGAAAUAGGAAAUUGAAAGCCGUUUAAUGCCAAAAAGAUCUCUUGCGGACAAAAGAAACGUAAAAAUUAAACGUGGUGCGACGCUGCUGAGGUUCUGAGGCAAAGGCAGGUAUAAUCUUGAAGAAAAAUACAGCUUUCUCCUAAUAUUUUGUUUAUGCGACAAUCUCAAAGAUAUGCUACCAUAAAAUCGGUGUUAUUCUCGUA